CUCCCAGGGACCGGGAGAGACCUCGGCCGUGGGGCAGGGAGGGCAGGCAGGCUCCUGGAGGGCAUGAGCCCCCUUCCUGGGACCCCUGCGGUGCUGCUGGGGAGGGGGCGCAGCCCCAAGCACACAGCUCUCAGGAUCUACAGUCGCAUCGAGGAGCGGGGUUGCGAGGCAGCCUGGGGGUAAGGAGCCAGUUUGGAGUGACUGGGGCCAAAUCGGGGCUUCCCAUGACCGACCUGCUUGGCAUAGGCGUGACUGGAAGGUGCUGGUGAAUUUCUCUGGGGGCCCAGGAGCACGCCGGGCGCCUGGUCGGAGGGUGUCACUGCAGGGACAGGAUGCAGGAGAGUUACGAGUCUGUGAUCUCUCUGGCGGAAGAAAUUGCCAUCAACUGGCCCCAGAUUGCUGCCUUUGCAGAAGCCCAUCGUCGACGAGGCCUGCCCUUUGUUGUCAACAUGGAGCCAAGACAGAGACAGCUGGAGCCAACUCUGGUUCAAGCAGCAGCCACCACUGGCCAGGGAGGAGGGGCUGUCUUCCCAGACUUCCGGAAGCAGCUGCGGGCAAUCCUGCAAACUGUUGGCCGGAGGCAAGUGGAGAAGAUGCUGCGGGAGCUGGUGAAGGAACAGAAGCAAGAAGAGAAAGCCAAGCGGCGCAGAAGAGCUGCAAAGAGCCCCAGGGAUGGAGGUGGCAGAAUGCUGAAUGCAAAGGAGGGGACGGCCCCUAUGGAAGAACAUGCAAAGAAAGGGGAAGGCCCCAGGGCAUUCCCUGAAAGCCCCACUGGAAAAGUUCCUGAGGGCCCUGAGCAGAAAGCAGCCCCUGCAUGGCCGCAGAGCUCAGAAGGGCUCCAGAAGGACCCUCUAGCUGAGGCACGGGGCAAGGCCAUACAUGGGGGAGGUUGCAAGAAAGCUAAGGACACCAGAGUCCAUGAGAAAACCCAGGUGGAGAAGCACAGGCCAGAUGCCAGUGAGGACUGCCCAGAGAACUGCGGCUGUGACUUGCAGAGACCCCACCCAUUCAGUGAACAUGAAAAGAGUUUCAUGCAAGGUUUGUCCCUCCAGCCCCAGAGCCCCCGCCUGACAGAGAGCCCCCAUCCCUGCCCGGAGCAUGGGAAGCACCUCCUCCAGGAGGUGGAGCCCCCAUCCCAGCUGCGGACCCUUCGAGGGGAAGGCCCCUCAGAGUGCCUGGACAGCAGGAGGCACAGCAGUGUGAACCCUGCCCUCCUCCAGCCCCGGGGAGCCCCACCAGGUGGGGGGCAGCCUCCCCCUGUGUGCUCAGGCAGUGGGAGACGCUGCAGCGGGACCACUGGCCUGCGGCCUCAGAGACUCCACUCCCAUCCAUGUAUGGCCUGCGGGAAGGGCCCUGCCCGAGGCUCCCACUUCCAGAGACACCCACACACCCACACGGGAGAGAGGCCCUCUCCGUGCUCUAGCUGUGGCAGACGCUGCAUCUGGGUCACCCACCCUCCCCGGCCCCGCAGAGCCCAUCUCCCUGAAAAGCCUCAACAGGGCACUGACCUGGCAGUGGAAGCACCGGGCCUGGCUAUGGCAGCAGCGGUGGUGGCACCCUGUGCCCCAAGCGGACGGCGGUCAUACCCAUGCCUGGAAUGUGGGAAGGGCUUCACGCAGCGCUCGGCUCUGAGCAAGCACCGGCGCAUCCACACCGGGGAGCGACCCCACCAGUGCACAGACUGUGGAAAGCGCUUCCUACAGCGCUCGGACCUCACCAUCCACCGGCGCCGGCACACGGGUGAGCGCCCUUACCGCUGCCCCCAAUGUGGCCGGCGCUUCAGCGUCAGCUCCAACCUGGCCAAGCACCGACGUGCCCACCUGGGCCAACGCCCCUUCGGCUGUGCUGUCUGUGGCAAGGGUUUCAUCCAGCGCUCUGAGUUGGUCAUCCACCAGCGCUCCCACACAGGCGAGCGCCCCUACACCUGCUCUGCCUGUGGGAAGGGCUUCAGCCGCCGCUCCCACCUCACCCGCCACCAGAGAACCCACAUGCGGGAGCGCUGGCCCACCCCCAUCCUGCCCUGCCCCACCACUGCCACUGAGUCUGCAUGCAGCCCACCCCACCAUGGCCCCACACCAGGCACCUUGCCACUGCCCACUGUGUCCCAGGAUUUGUCAUGGGCCAUAUCCAAGUCCUCCCCUUCCAGUGCUUUCUCCCUGCCCUCCAGUUCAUAGAAUCAUAGAAGUAGGGUCAGAAGGGACCUUGUAGAUCUUCAAGUCCGACCCCCUGCCUGGGCAGGAAGAAAACUGGGCUCAAAUGA